GAUCCAUAAACACACAUAUAUAAUUACAUAUAGUGCGUGUGAGAGAGAUAUCUAGAUAGAGAGAGCUUUUACAAACAAUGGAAGGGUUCGAUAUUGACACAAACCCAAUGUUAACACUAGAAGAAGGCGAAAACAACUCUUUCUCUUCCUUUGACGACAAAACCUUAAUGAUGAUGGCUCCUUCGUUAAUGUUUUCCGGCGAUAUGGGCCCAUCUUCUUCUUCCUGUUCUCCGGCGAGUUUUCAUAUGUCUGCUCAGCCAGAGAACUUUCAUGGUGGAGGAGGAGGAGGAGACGCGGAGGAAAUGGGAGUAUUAAGUGAUCACAAUAAGAAAAAUAAAGGGAAAGGAAAGAUGAGAUCGUCGACGAUGCAGAGGAUUGCAUUUCAUACGAGGAGUGAUGACGAUGUUCUUGAUGAUGGUUAUCGGUGGCGAAAAUAUGGUCAGAAAUCUGUUAAGAACAAUGCACAUCCCAGGAGCUACUACAGAUGUACAUACCAUACAUGCAACGUGAAGAAACAAGUGCAAAGAUUGGCAAAAGAUCCAAACGUUGUCGUAACAACCUACGAAGGUGUUCACAAUCAUCCUUGCGAGAAGCUCAUGGAGACUCUUAGUCCUCUCCUUCGGCAACUUCAAUUCCUCACCAGAGUUUCUGAUCUCUGA